AUGGAGAAGUAUGGAAUUAGUGAGCAAGGAUGGAGAAAAGGGCCAUGGACACCUGUUGAAGAUAAGCUGCUUAUUGAAUAUGUUACCCAAUUUGGUGAAGGAAGAUGGAGUUCUGUCUCCAAAUGUACCGGUUUGAAUAGGAGUGGGAAAAGCUGCAGACUAAGAUGGGUGAAUUACUUGAGACCUGGUCUUAAAAAAGGCCAAUUAACACCACAAGAACAAGGAAUCAUCAUAGAACUUCAUUCCAUUUGGGGAAACAAAUGGUCAACAAUAGCAAGAUAUUUGCCUGGAAGAACAGAUAAUGAAAUCAAGAACUACUGGAGAACUCAUUUCAAGAAGAGACCAUCAUCAUCAAAGCCUUUUUCUGAAGUAAUUAAAAAAAGAAAUCAGUUUAAUAAGCAGAAAAAAGAAAAUAAUGUUGAUAUUGAAUCGAUAUCGCCUCAAUUAGUGGCGGAAAACGACAGCAAGCAAGAAGAGGUGGGGCCCGAUUGUACGGGGGCGGAUGUCGAAGAGAUUAAUGAUAAAAUGUUGCCUGUGUUUAAUCAAGAUUAUUAUCAUGGCUUAUCCUGGUCGGAGUUUAGUACUAUCCCGAUGGAUUGUUGCUUGUGGGAUGGAUUGUGGAACUUUGGUGAUAGUACUACUAAUUUCAACUGA